AUGGAUAACCAAAACAUUCGCACUAUACUAGUUGUUUUCACAUUCACCCAUAACCAGUUAGUACUGCUAUUGGAUGCACUAAUGAAUGACAAUAAGCGGGUGACCCAUACAACGUACGAAUUUAGGCAUCAAAUUAGACAACUGUCAUACUUUCGUAUGAUCCACUCCUCCGACCUCGUUUGUCGUGAAAGUACCAGAAUGGACAAACGAACUUUUUCCAUUCUAUGUCACUUACUGAGGACGAUUGUUGGUCUGACGUCGACCGAAAUCGUCGAUGUCGAGGAGAUGGUCGCCAUGUUUCUACAUAUAUUGGCACACGAUGUCAAGAGUAGAGUCAUCCAGCGGGAUUUCGUGCAAUCAGGAGAGAUUGUUUUCCAUCACUUUAACCUCGUAUUGUUGGUUGUGUUGCGAUUGCACGAUGAGUUGUUGAAGAAGCUGCAGUUAAACUGCCUUGGGGCAUUGGAUGGCACGUACAUCAAGGUUAACGUGCCGCAAACCGAUAGGCCUAGGUAUAGAACACGUAAGGGAAAAGUUGCCACAAACAUCCUCGGUGUGUGUGAUACGAAAGGCGACUUCGUCUUCGUAUUGGCUGGUUGGGAAGGGUCCGCAACAGAUUCCCGCAUUCUUCGAGAUGCUAUUGCACGACCAAAUGGGUUGCAUGUUCCUCAGGCGGGAAAUGCCUCUGGCACCGCAAAAGAGUACUUCAACAUGAAACAUUAUGCCGCUAGAAAUGUUAUUAAACGAGCGUUCAGAUUGUUGAAGGGUCGAUGGGCAAUCAUUCGCGGCAAGUCGUACUAUCCCGUGCAAAUUCAAUGUCGAACAAUUCUUGCGUGUUGCCUACUACACAAUCUCAUCAACCACAAGAUGACGAAUGUCGAUUUCGUUGACGACGUUGACGAAGAAGACUCCACCUACGCGACGAUUGGAGGUGAUGACAUUCAAUUCGUUAAGAACUCAAACGAAUGGACGCAGUGGAGGGAUAAUUUGGCCACAUAG